AGUUCCGUGCCGGAGGCUCGCCACGUGGGGGGGUCAACCAAGGAGAGAUCAGCGUGGGAGCGCACUGCGGUGUGUUCGAGGACUCCAGAGGGUAGAGUACCACUGAUGGACCAGGCUACUACUGUAGUGAUUUCCAGUGCCAGAUGAUGUUCAAAUACACAGUAUAGCACUCUAGAGUCUAAUGUACUCUAAAAUUCAGUACAUCGUUUCUUUAAGUACAGAUCACUCUUAAGUGCUGCAAAGUAUACUGUGUAGAACUCUUACAGUCCACGCGUGAUACUCUGCGGCAUACAUACACGAUGGCAGGACAGGGACCGCGUGCGGACACAUUCCAGUCACUCCGUGGGGGUUCGGACGUUCCGCCUCUUGAUGUUGGAGUGGGGGGCUCCCACGUGGGCCCCCCGCCACUGGCCACGUCGGAGCGGAGCUGCUUAACGGAGCGACUCUUCGACUCGUGGAGAGACUACCUGGGCCUGGGUGGUCUCCUCUCCUCCUCCGUCCAGGUGGGCCAAGGGGGCCACGUGGAGGAGGAGAGGCACGAGAAGGAGGAUGCACACACGGGCACCGGAGCCCUGGGGGCGGGAGCCGCACUCCCAACAACUCCACGGACCCCCGCGGGACCCCGCGACCGCUUCUCGGAGUCGGCCGCUGCCGCGCAGCUGCGACGUCAGGGGCCGGGAGAGGCCGACGACAAGCGAGCCGUGGGGGGGUCCCCUCCCCCCCCUCCCCUCUGCUCCUUCUGCCUGUCGAACGGCGCGACCGAGCGGGUGUACGGCUCGCACGACCUCCGCGACACCGCGGGCCGCGUGUCGUGCCCCGUGCUGCGCGCCUACACGUGUCCCCAGUGCGGCCAGAGCGGCGACGUGGCCCACACCCUCAAGUACUGCCCCCUGUCCCAGGGCAAGGUCCUCCCGCUGCACACGGCGCGCAACUCGUGCGGCCCCAGGCGCCGGCUGCCCCCGGGGUCACGCAGAGGGUCUUCUUGUCACGCAGAGGGCCUUGGGGGGCACCCCGGGCCUCGCCAGGGAAAAGCGGGCCUGUGAUGGUCGGGGUGAUGUCCUAUGGGUUACUCAACGCGGGCCCGA